CGCGCGCAUUACAUUGGCAUCCAGAUACCGUCGUUUCGCGUCUCCCCACGCGCAUGCACCAUGUCGACCCGCCGCAGUGGACUCCGCUCGCGCAGAGAGCCGCAGCAGUCUGAUCCCGACACGCCAGAUGCCACGCCCUCGCGGAAGCGCAGGCGGUUGAAUGGCUCUGCCCAGGACGAGGCCGCUUCGGCUGCCGCUGACCCUCCCCGUACCCGCAUCACCGAGUCGGUCGCCAGCAACGACUCCAACACGACGCUCCCCAACGGCGGAGAUGCCGACAACCCCAUGGACCCCAUCGAGCGCCAGAACCUCGUCAUUGCUGCCCUCCGCACCCCCGCAUACACGCCCAAUGCCGCCAUCGACUAUGCAAACGACCUGCAGUCCCAGCGCAACGAGGGCAAGAACAUUGCUGCCUUUGCCAAAAUCGCCGCCCGCGACUGGUGCUUCUUCGUCCAGGACACGCAGGUCAGGAUUGGCCGUGUCGACUCCAGCAGCCGCGCCAAUCCGCACAGCUCACAGCCCGACCUCUCGGGCAUGCCCAUGAGCGACUCGCAGCGCCAGGACUGGGGCGUGCACAUUGACCUUGGUCCAGAGCGCCAGAUUUCUCGUGUGCACGCCGAGAUCAACUUUGAUCCUUCGGACCAAAACUGGUACAUUACCGUCAAUAGUCGCAAUGGCCUCAAACUCGACGACCGCCAUCUCACCCGCGGCGACAGGGCUGCACUGCACUCUGGCAUAUGCAUCAGCAUCAUGAGCACCCAGAUGCUCUUCCUCCUCGCCAACCAAGAGGACCACUUCCACCCCAUGCUGUGGCGCCAGGUUAAGAACGAAGAUGCUGCCGACUCGGACAACGACGGCAAUCCACCGCCAAAAUCACAUCAGCAUGCUCACCCCAGCGGCCCAACGCCAAAGCGCGAUCAAUACGAUCCCUUCCCGCCAUCCUCACACCCUCGCCACAAGCAUCAAUCCUCGCAAGCCUAUUACAACCAGAUGACAUCCACCCCGGGCGGCCAACCGGGAACCCCCAUGACAUUUCGCGCCGAAAAAGACCCGCGUAGCAAAGGCUCACCUGCUACCUUUUCUCGAUCCGUAGUUCUCGAAACCGGAGACGACAUUGACUACAGCCUAGACUCGACCAAAGAUAUCAAGCCACCCCACAGCUAUGCUCAGCUUAUCGGCCAAGCAAUCCUGAGCAGUGAAGAAGAAAUGCUUACGCUGGCAAACAUCUACGACUACAUCAAGGCGCGCUAUGCCUUCUUCCGGCACACAAACAGUGGCUGGCAAAACAGCAUCCGCCACAACCUGUCUCUGAACAAGUCAUUCGAAAAGGUUGCGCGCCGCACCGACGAACCUGGAAAAGGUAUGAAGUGGAAGAUUGCCGAAAGUGAAAAGGAGGAGUUCAUCAAGAAGCAGCUUUUGAAUCCCCGUAAGGGUGGUGGUAUGACUCUCGGGUACCGCGUCGACGGCUCAGGGCCCAGUUCGCCUGCGCUCGGAAAUCCAUCCCAAGCUACCGAGCGCCUUGUGGGUGCCUUGGAGCGCGACAGUCGCUCGCAACAGUAUGGUCCUCGCAUCAAAUCGCCGCCACGUUCCGCAACUCCGCCACUUUCCUCCGUACCUGUCGCAAACGAGUCGUAUACGCCAGACCGUGGUCCGCGUCCCUAUGGAGGAUUCAAGCAGUCGCCAACUAUGCGUGACCAGGAUCGUUUUGUUACGCCUGCAAAACGACUGGUAUAUGGCGGCAAUGAGGGGCAAGGUCAUCCUUACAUCAAACAGGACGAGUCUCAGCGACAUCUCGAAUCCUCGCCUGGAGUCGAUCCUGUUAAGCAGAGCGUUCCGGGCAUGAAGACGGAUGUUGGAAACUCUCCGCCAACUCUUUAUUCGGAUGCUGCAUCAAACAGUUUGAAUGGCAGCUACGACGCAGGACGGGGGAACAAUGCGCUCGUUACGCCCUUGGUCACAAGGCAUGCACCCCGUCUUGCGCCUCCGAGCACGGCUCAGAUGCCCAGCCAGUACAUGGCCUUUUCCAGUCCCGCGCCUUUUUGGAAAUUUGUCGACCUGCCUAGCACUCCUGCCAAAGGUCUACUUGAGCUCAGCCCAAUCAAGCUUCAACGUCCAGACUUUAAAGAUGCUGAUGAUGAAGAGGACAAUCAUCCUAGCUCGCCCCCUGUACUACCGGGAAAUAGUGCUGAGCCCGAAGAUGACCAGGAUGGCGAGGAAAAGGGCGAAGAUGAUGAGGAUGCUGGCCCUGAAAGCCCUAGUCGCACAGUUUCUCGACCCGUUAGUCGACGCGAGAUUGGAAGUCAACGCUCACGGUCAAAUAGCAAUGUCAACGGACUAGGACUCGGUAUUGUAGGCAAUGGUGGAAUGGUACGAGGCGCAAGCCUCGGUAGUUUCGAGGAAGAAGCGGAGCCCGAGGAGGAGAGCUACGAUCUUUCCAAGGGUUUCCAGAAAAUAGGUUCUUUUCAUCGCAGCAUGGCUCAAGCUCAUGGGCUCGGUAGUAUCGGUGGUCGAUCUACUGCCACUCCGCCACCGCCUCAUCCACCGCAGAUCUCGCGCACAAGCGUUCCUGCGAAUAUGUAAAUGGGGGGAUCAGUGAGGUUGGAGAAGCCUAGUGAACAUGAUUGCAUGCAAGUAUGAGUACCACGAUACCACUUAUUGCGGAGUCAUGGGAAAUACGAAGGAGUUUACGGUGUAUUUUUUAUCCUACAAUCGUGAAACCGUUUACCUGUUGUUUGAUUAGCUUGUUUUUUUUCUUUCUUAUUUCUUCAAUUAUUCUCGGCACAUUUCCCAAGUCACCAUUAACCCAAUCCUGUAACCUUUUUUGUGUUGUACUAUUAGCAUCAUUUUGCCCCCUCCCCCCCAUCGGGGUGGGCAUAUGCAUCAAAUGAGAAUUCAA